GUGGCCUGUGCGUAUGUGUGGAGUGUCUUGGUAGUGUGUGGGGAUGAUUUGGGUGUUUGAAGUGGUCUGUGCGUGUGUGUGGAGUGUCUUGGGAGUGUGUGGGGAUGAUUUUGGUGUGUGCUGGGUGUUUUAAGUUGUCUGUGCAUGUGUGUAGAGUGUCUUGGUAGUGUGUGGGGAUGAUUUUGGUUUAUGUUAGGUGUUUCUAAUUGAGUUAUGGAUUUAUUUGUUAAUAUUUUGAAGUGUUGCAUAGUGUUUUAAAUGUGUUUUGGGUUAAUGUACUCACUUCCUUUUGUUAGUGUUGUAUAAUUUCAUGGUAUGAUGGACGAAGCUGAGGUGGGCCUCCGCUGUGGCCAGGCAGUUCAGCCUUGCCGUCAACCCUCUAUGUGAUGAGUGAGUUGCCGGUUGAGCUGGAGUGUCCUGGUAUUGGGGGCUCGUCUGGCAUUGUAGACAACCAUCUGUGUAACCUUUUUGUGAAGAGGUCCGGUGUGACCCGUCAGGUUCCUGAUGGUGUCCGGCAUAGCGUUGAAGAGGUCCGCAGAAAACGACACACCAAUUUAUUUGAAGUCAGGGACGGAGAUUAAAACGGCCUUGAAAAACACCACACCCGUUUUGUCCACCGCCAUCAUCCCCUUCUCCCAGAUCAAGGACAAAGUGUAUUACAGUCUCACACAUAAGGAAGAGGUGCAAGCCAUGAGGGAGGCGGUGGAGGUGUGGGGGGGUUCAGCACGCUAUCAGUUCAUGCUUGGGAUGGGACACACUGGGACAGCCUGGGACCGUUGGUGGGAGCAAGACAAGGCUGUGGCAAUUCUGCGGAGGUUUGCCACUCAGACCUGUUGCCAUGUUACUAUUAUUGCACAUCCUAAGAAGCCUAUAGCCUCAGGGUUAGCCUCAGGGCAUGACGAGUCUUCACUCACGAGAGAGGGCACGAGAUUCAGACGUGCGCAGGAAGACGAUAAGGUAAACAUUGUAUUUUUUGUAGUAUUAACCUAACGUCAUAGUGCCAAAUUGAUUGUAUGUGUAGUUUAUAACUAUUAUAAUGUACUGAAAGUGUUUGUACAAGUGAAUAAUGUUACUUAUAAGAACUAACAUGGAGGUCAAUCUAACCAUUUAUAUUGUUCUCUUGCAGGCCAAACAUUUUUUUUUUUUUUUUUUUUUUU